AUGGAGGAUGGUUUCGAUCUUGAGAGCGAUGUAAUUGACUUGGAUUUGGCCAACUGCGAAUUGUUUUAUGAUGGUGUCGGGUCAUCUGAUAGUACAAGAAGCUCACAGCCAGCAACUAGACCUAUUAGAAGGAAGCAUCGCAACUCGAAGCUGGGAUGUCGUGAGUGCAAAAAAAGGAGAAUUAAGUGUGACGAAACCUUACCAGAAUGUAUUAAUUGUCGAAAUCGGAAAAGACGUCGUUCAGAAACGAGAUGUUCGUACCUUGAAUUGGCGAAAGACGAGUUCACUAGGGUUGAAAGGCUGAUAGCCCAGAAACGUGACUUGGAAAUGAAUGAAGCUCGCAAGAACAAGAAUGAUGUCGAUGUCGUUGCUGCACCGCAGAUUGUAAACCCUGGUGGUUUCUUCGAUAUGAGGGGCCAUGAAAUUCCGAUGAUUCCACAUCGCACUGUGCUGGCGGCUUCCCUUUGGACUCCCAUUGUUGGUAUGAAGGGUGUACGAAAUGCAGAGGCUUUAUUUUCGCGGCUUGCACAAAAUGCGAUGCAAGACUGGUACAUGUCGUCGGUAUGUUUGAUGGCGCUUGCUGUUCAUGCCAUCAUCCAUUCUUUUAAGCGAAAAAUCCAGUUGCAAAUGAAAUUUCCAAGUCCCGAACAACACUGUGAUCAGUAUGAUCUUCUUCAAAGGGAAAUGAUGGCCUUGAGCACGAUUGCCACAAGAUUAAAAAUGUCACUCAUAUCGUAUGUCAGAGAAAUUAUUCUUUUGUUCUUGACAUCGCGAACCGUGAUUGCCAAUGAGUUCAUGGGAUCUCGAUUGUUGUUAGCAUCCUACUGCUUGCAAAAUAUUGAGGUUUAUACAAAUUUUCAGCGUGACGACAAACAUCAUAUCGCCAUGAUAGACAUGUGUCUCGAAAUCUACAAACAUGACGGGCGCCAAAAUAUUGCUAGAACAGUGCAGUACGUGUGGAAAACGUUUCCAUACAUGCUGGACUUUCUACACAUACCGAUCUACUCAUCAGGCCCGCUCCAUGAGCUGAUAGAAGUGUUUCAAGAGUUCAAGCCUUUCAUUGAGAGUUCUCAAGAUCAUGAGUUGCUCUAUCAUUUCGAAGAAACAUACAGUUUCUUGGUUUACCUUACCAACCUGCUUCCUGGCAAAGAAGGAGCAAUACCCUUUUUACCAGACGUCGCGUACGAGGUUUUUCGCAGGUGGGUUUUGUUGAUACCGCCAGGGGCGUUUUCCAUUGAUGCUUCUAUGACAGGCGUUCAAAGGGUUUUUUACACAUUUUUCCACAGCAUUCCAGCGUACUUGUGUAACCUACUUCCAUCCAUUACGUUUGUCGUUCACCGUCAACUCUACGGUCCCGUUGCUCUUUAUCCUUUUUCAUUGAAAUCGGUUCUCCAGAAUCUUGAACGGGAAUUGGUCACAUUCGCAGAAUUUUCGGUUCGGCUCUUGGCAUUUAUGGAGAGAAGAAUAUGUUGCUUCCACAAUUUUUUCGCAAUUGAGAAUCCGCUGCCACCGGAUGUGGCAGAUUAUCGUUUCAAUUCGAGAAUAGCGUCAAACGUGAAAGAAGAUUUUAUCGAAUCUUUCAGAAACACCCUCAUCGAAUGGCGUCAUUAUCCCAGUCUCAGCGACUCUAGGACAAAUAUACAAUCAUUGAGUGAGGAAAACCGCUUUAUGUUCAAAGUCCGGGAUGCUGUAUCGAGCAGGAUGGAGCAACUAGUGGAAGCCAAAACAUCGAAUCCCAAUCGGCUGUUUUACUCCAACGUCCAGGAAUCUUCGAAGAUCAUUGACCAAACUCUUGACGGCACGAGCGAUCUCUUUCCUUCAGGCUUUACAAAAGUAUCGAAAAUACCGUCUACCUUCAAAUACAAAAGUUCGAAUUCGUUUGUCAUUAAUGAAGUUGGCCUUUUCGAUCAGGAUCACGAUAUCGGUGACAUAUUAGAAAACCUGCCACCGCCUGUUUUAUUUAAUACUCCCACCGUAGAAUUCGUGAUGGACUAUAAAAUUGAUAGAAUCAGUCUCUUGACAAAAAGUUAA